AUGAAGAUUCUGUGCUUACAUGGCGUGGGCAGCUCUGGGAGCAUCUGCAAGAGCCAGUUCAGGGCCUUCCUUAAGGCAGUCGACCCAAGCUAUGAGUUUGUCUUUGCCGAAGGACCGGCGCUGUCGGAACGGGGACCAGGAAUGGGCCUCUACUUCGAAGGGCCCUUUUACUCACAUACGACCGGGUACUCGCCGGACGAAAUGGCAGACGCGCUAGAGCACCUCGAUACGACCAUCGACGAACUUGGCCCCUUUGACGGCAUCCUCGGCUUCAGCCAGGGCGCCGCCCUCGCCCUAUCGUACAUGUGUCAGCAACAGAUCCGCGGCGCACCGCCGCCCUUCAAAUUUGCUUUGUGCUUCUCGUCUGUCAUACCCUUUUCGGCCGACGCCGUAUACUGCCAGAGUGUCGUCCGGCGGCUGUGCGCUCUCCGGCGGGACAUGACAGUGACGCCCUCGGCGGAUGACCCUGUCUUGACGCGUGACGAGCGCUUAUUCUGUGAGGUAAUGUUACGGACCGUGAUCGCAGCCAAGAAGAAAGGUGCGGCGUUGCCAGAAUACAGUAUGGAUGUUUACAGCAGGGGCGACGGCUCCAAAGCCCCAAGAAUAAUGCAUGCGCAAUUGCUGAAGGACAAAUUACAGAUCCCGACAGUACAUGUGACUGGUAGGCGAGACUUCGACUUCAUGCAGAACAUGUCGGAUAUCGCGCGUGGGUUGUGCGAAGAGGGGCUAACGAGGAAGCUGGAGCACAGCGGGGGGCAUCAUCCGCCACAGAAGGAUGCCGAGGUCAAGGCCGCAGUAAGAGCCAUGGAGUGGGCCAUUAGCCAGUCCGAAAGGAUGCCAAGUCAUCGUUUGUAG